AUGGCAGCAGGAGCCUCCACAACCUUGGAGGGCUUAGGAAUGUCUAUACUGGUGGAGGCUAUGGAGGAGAAGGAAGGAGGUUCAGGCAGGGAGGUGCUCAGAGGAGGCCUUAGAGUAGGGGAACAAGGGGCUGGACAGGGAUUGGGACAGGCUGGAGCUCUCCGAGGCAUUGAGGAGGUCCAUGUCAACACCAACCUGUUGAGGCCAAUACAGCUCCAGGUGGACCCCGAGUUCCAGCAAGUGCGCUCAGAUGAGAAGGAGCAGAUCAAAUCUCUCAACAACAAAUUUGCAUCAUUCAUCGAGAAGGUUCAAUGUCUGGAGCGACAGAAUCAGGCACUCUUGGCCAAGUGGGAACUUCUGCAGCAGCAAAGCUCUGGCCCUGAGGAAAGCAGGAACAUCAACAACUUCUUCAAGUCCUACAUCACCAACCUGCAGCGGCAGCUUGAGACACUCCAGAGCCAGAAGGAGCAGCUGGAUCCUGAAGCCUACAACAUGCUCCAGCUUGUUGAGGAUUAUAAAAACAGAUUUGAGGAUGAGAUCAACAAACGCACGUCCAUGGAGGAAGAAUUUGUGGAGCUUAAAAAGGAACUGGAUAGUGCCUACAUGGGAAAAAUGGAGUUUGAUGUCCGAGUGGAUAUCCUGAGGCAGGAGCUGGAAUUCCUUCGGUGUUUAUAUGAAGCUGAGCUGUCCCAGCUGCAAACGGUUGUUGGGAACACUGAUAUUAUUCUGUCCAUGGACAACCACAGGGACCUGAACAUGGAAGGAAUCAUUGAGGAGGUCAGGCAGGAAUAUGAGGGGAUGGCCCACAGGAGCACAGCUGAAGUGGAUGCCAUGUACCAGCGCAGGUACCAGGACCUGCAGAACAUGUGGGCGAAUCAACGAGAGCAGCUGAGGAACAGUCACCAGGAAAUCCAGGAACUUGCCAGGCAGAUCCAAAGACUCCAACCAGAAAUUGAAAUUGCAAGGAAAAGGGACUCCAUUAAAGAUGCUGAGCACCGUGGGAGCUUGGCCAUCAGGGACAGCCAGGAAAAGCUCCAGAAGCUGGAAAAUGCACUCCAACAGGCCAAGGAUGACCUUUCUCAGCUUGUCCAUGAUUACCAGGAGCUCCUGAAUGUGAAGCUGGGCUUGGACAUUGAGAUCGCCAUGUAUCGAUCACUCCUUGAGGAGGAGGAGAACAGGAUCCAGGAAGGAUCACCGGCCACGAUAUGUAUCAUUGACCACGACAGCAGAGCUCCUGGGGUGGAAGCUCUGGUGGAGGUGGAUCGAGCUCUGGUGGAGGUGGGUCAAGUUACGGAGGUGGAAAAGGUUCAGGAUAUGGUGGAGGAUCUAGCUCUGGUGGGGGAAGCUCCAUGA